AUGAAUAAACAGACAUUGGCAGAAUUCCAAGAACACUUGAAAAAGUCACGACGGAUAGUAGCGUUGGUUGGUGCAGGGCUAUCGGUUCUGUCCGGCUUGCCUACCUUCAGAGGAGCUGAAGGCUUAUGGAAAAAUUUCAAUAUGAUCGAUCUUGCCACACCAGAUGCAUUUUAUAUAGACCCCGGCUUAGUGUGGCAGUUUUACUCAUGGAGAAGGUACUCAGCUUUGGCAGCAAAACCCAAUAGGGGGCACUUGGCAUUGGCGAAGCUCUCUAACUUACCCCAAACCAACUUCAUCACAAUUACUCAAAACGUAGACGGUCUACUGGCUAGAUCAGGGCACAAUCUGGAUAAUUUGUACGAGAUCCAUGGGUCUUUGUUCACGUUGAAGUGUACCAGUUUCAUGUGCAACUACAUUGAAUACAACAACUUCAAGGCACCCUUGACUCCUGCUCUACGUGGAACAGAACAUGAGUUCCUAAAGAGUCUGCUUGAUUCUGAGAGCCCAGAAUUCUCGCCAGUGAAACAAAUGAAGGACUCUGAACUACCCCAGUGUCCAGUAUGCAAGUCCUCUGGAACGCAGUCGAUACUUAGGCCCGGCGUGGUUUGGUUCGGCGAGCUGUUGCCCAUGCAAGAAUUGAAUGAAAUCGAUGAUUUCUUAGAAAGUGAAGAGGGUCCCGUAGACUUGAUUUUGGUAAUUGGAACUAGUGGUACUGUCUAUCCUGCUAAUAGCUAUGUGGAUAGAGUUAGGCUACAAGGCGGAAAAGUAGCUAUUUUCAACACUGAUAUUGACGAAUCUGAGAUUGAAGGGAAGGAUGGGGUUUGGGGGUUUAAGGGAGACGCUGCGGAGUUGCUACCUGUAGUACUUGAGCCGUUGAUUGGUGAGGUGAAACAGCCUUAG